GCGGCACCAGGGCGGCCGGUUGACUGUCGACGUAAGUAUCUCCUCUCGAUUCCUCACAUGAUCCGUGGCCAUUUUUAUAUACGACGAUCUCAUGCCGUUGUUUCCACGAACACCUAGCUAGUUGUCUCUGUCAAAGCCAAUUCUGUGUCCCGUCGAUCCCAUCCAAUCCAUCGCUAGCGUUUCUUCCUCGUCUCUCCACUGUUUCAUCCCGCUACUCUGCUUCUUCUGAGCCAGUUCUUGGAUUGCCUCGUAUCUCCAUGGACAGCUGACCAGGAUGGGGUGCUUCGCCUUCAAGAGCGGCAAGAACAAGGCCGAGAACCAGCGGCCACGGCCGGCUGGCGGGGCCAAGUCGCCGGCGCCAACGUCGGACGGCACUGGGCCGACGAGCAAGGCCUCGUCAGGGUCGACGCCGACGCGGAGCAUACAGGAGCUGUCGGAGGAGAGGGGCGCGGCGCGGCUGCGGGCGUUCGGGCUGGAGGAGCUCGGCAGCGCCACCAACGGCUUCAGCCGCUCGCUCAAGGUCGGCGAGGGCGGCUUCGGCUCCGUCUACCGCGCCUUCUUCCGCUCCGCCGCCGGCGGCCGGGUCGUGCUCGCCGUCAAGCGCCUCAACCAGCGCAGCCUGCAGGGUCACAAGCAGUGGCUCGCCGAAGUCCAGUUCCUGGGCGUCCUGGAGCACCCGAACCUGGUGAAGCUCGUCGGCUACUGCGCGGUGGACUUAGACGCCGGUAAUAAGCACCGGCUGCUGGUCUACGAGUUCAUGCCCAACAAGACACUCGACGACCAUCUCUUCAGCAGAGCCUACCACCCGCUUCCCUGGAGGACCAGGCUGCAGAUCAUGAUCGGCGCCGCGCGGGGGCUCGACUACCUCCACCAGGGAGUCCCGGAGGUCCAGGUGAUAUACCGGGAUUUCAAGGCCUCCAACGUGCUCCUCGACGGCGACUUCAGGCCGAAGCUGUCGGACUUCGGGCUGGCGAGGGAGGGGCCGACGGACGGGAGGACGCACGUGUCGACGGCCGUGGUGGGCACGCACGGGUACGCCGCGCCGGACUACGUCGAGACGGGGCACCUCACGGCGAAGAGCGACGUGUGGGGGUUCGGCGUGGUGCUCUACGAGAUCCUCACGGGGCGGCGGUCGCUGGACCGGAACCGGCCGGCGGAGGAGCAGAAGCUGCUGGGCUGGGUGCGGCGGCACCCGCCGGGAGGGGGCAGCUUCAGGACCAUCAUGGACCCGCGGCUGGGCGGCCGGUACCCGGUGGCUGCCGCGCGUGAGACGGCGAGGCUGGCUGACCGGUGCCUCGGCAAGAACCCCAAGGAGCGGCCGUCUAUGGGGGAGGUUGUGGAGGAGCUGGAGCGGGUGGUGCAGAUGGAGCCGGCCCCGACUUCUGCUCCGGCGACGGCCAAGAGGUGAUCGAUCGGUUGCCAUUGGCUGCACCGGUGCACGCUGACCGGCUCAACAAUACGUAGUAGCCAGUGUCAGAAGGAGGAUAGCAUAGUCGCAUGCUUCGUCUGAA